AUUUAUGGACACAAUACACAGAGAUUGUUUUAUUUAUUAUAGCUGGUUAUAAAUUGUAUAUUCUUUAACAAUGCUAGAUUUAUUGAAUUACCAAUUUAAUAUUAGACUAAUAUAUAAUGGAAGAACUAAUUGUUUGAUGUUGUAGAUUAUUUAGAAUUAUUUUUUAACAUAGUUAUUCUAAUUGGAUUAACGGUAAUCAAAUUUAUAUACAAUAUUAUUAGUAUGCUUAUCUUUAGAACGAAGAAUGUUAUAAUCUAAAGAGAUUUGUUUUAGGAUACUUGA